AUGGCUAUUUCUAAGGUUCACUCUAGAUACGUCUACGACUCUCGUGGUAACCCAACUGUUGAGGUUGAGCUCACCACUGAAAAGGGUACUUUCCGUGCCAUUGUCCCCUCUGGUGCUUCCACUGGUGUCUCUGAGGCUCUUGAGCUCCGUGAUGGUGACAAGACCCACUGGGGUGGAAAGGGUGUUUUGACUGCUGUUUCCAACGUCAACAACGUCAUUGGACCCGCUGUCAUCAAGGCCCAAUUGGAUGUUAAGGACCAAUCUGCUUUUGACAAGUUCCUUAACGAGUUGGACGGUACUGACAACAAGUCUAAGCUCGGUGCUAACGCCAUCUUGGGUGUCUCUUUAGCUGCCAGUCGUGCUGGUGCCGCUGAGAAGGGCGUUCCUCUUUACCAACACAUCGCUGAGAUUGCUGGUACCCCUGCUCCUUACGUUUUGCCAGUUCCUUUCCAAAACGUCAUCAACGGUGGUUCUCACGCCGGUGGUGCUUUGGCCAUCCAAGAGUUCAUGAUUGCUCCUACUGGAUUCACCUCUUUCACCGAUGCCCUUAGAGCUGGCUCUGAGGUCUACCAACAGCUCAAGAGCUUGACCAAGAAGAAGUAUGGUACUUCUGCUGGUAACGUUGGUGAUGAGGGUGGUGUUGCUCCUGAUAUUCAAGACGCUCACGAGGCUCUUGACCUCAUUGUCGCUGCUAUCGAGGCUGCUGGUUACACUGGUAAGAUCAGCAUUGCCAUUGAUGCUGCUUCUUCCGAGUUCUACCACGAGGAUGCCGAGAAGUACGACUUGGACUUCAAGAACCCCGAGUCUGACAAGUCUAAGUGGCUCACUGGCGAGCAACUUGCCGACUACUACAUCCAACUCAUUGAGAAGUACCCCAUCAUCUCUCUUGAAGACCCCUUCGCCGAGGGUGACUGGGCCGCUUGGCAAAAGUUCUACCCCCGUGUUGCCGGCAAGGUCCAAGUUGUUGGUGAUGACUUGACUGUUACCAACCCCAAGUUCAUUGCCAAGGCCAUUGAGACCAAGGCUGCUGACGCUCUUCUCCUCAAGGUCAACCAAAUCGGUACCUUGACCGAGUCUAUCCAAGCUGCCAAGGACUCUUACGCCGCCAAGUGGGGUGUCAUGGUUUCCCACAGAUCUGGUGAGACCGAGGACACCUUCAUUGCCGACUUGUCUGUUGGUAUCAGAUCCGGACAAAUCAAGACCGGUGCUCCCGCCCGUUCCGAGCGUUUGGCCAAGUUGAACGAGAUCCUCCGUAUCGAGGAGGCUCUUGGCGACAAGGCCAUCUACGCCGGUGCCAAGUUCCACUCUUCUGUUGCUAUCUAA